AUGCACGGCCCCUCACCCGACACACUUCAUCCAUUCAACGGCGAACCUCAUACGGUUUUCCUGAAAAACGUCAUCUCAAGGCCAACGAUCGAAGUGGGUGACUACACCUACUACCAUGACUUCGAAAACGCCUCGGACUUUGAAAACCGGAACGUGCGCUAUCAUUUUGACAACAUUGGCGACCGCUUGAAAAUCGGCAAGUUCUGCGCCUUGGCGGCAGGCACCAGUUUCAUCAUGAGCGGCGCCAAUCAUGCGAUGACCGGGAUUUCGACCUAUCCCUUUCAUAUCUUCGACAAGGGCUGGGCGGAACAAUUUGACCCGGCAACGAUCUUCGACCAUCUGCGCGGCGACACGAUUGUUGGCAAUGAUGUGUGGUUCGGAACCAACUCGACCGUCAUGCCCGGGGUCACCAUCUGCUCCGGCGCCAUCAUAGGCGCCCACGCCGUUGUCGCUUCGGACGUGCCACCCUACGCGGUCGUGGUCGGCAACCCGGGACGGGUUGUGCGACUGCGCUUCGACGAGCAGACAAUCGACCGUCUCCUGGACGUUGCGUGGUGGGACUGGCCGAUCGAAAAGAUCACACGCCAUCUUUCCGCAAUCUGGGGGGCCGACGCCGGCGUUCUUGAGAGAGCGGCCGCCAAUCACGACAGCAACCUCGACGUGAACGAAAAGGCAAGCUAA